AUGUUGGAAAGAGAUUUUUACAUGUACAUUUUGUCUUUUGUGUUUUACAUGAUGGCCUUUUGCGGGGUUUUACUGGUUAUUAGAUUAAUAAUGUUUGCUUAUUGUUUAUGGGAAACUAAAGUUCGAAAAACAAUGAUUUCUGAAGCGGUUGUAGUCGGAGCAAUUGUGAGCGUGAUCCUUUGUGCUCUAUUAUCGACCUGUAUUAUAUUUUUCUCUAUAAAAAAGGACAGCAGAUUGAGGCGGAGGACCAAUCAGCGGCAACAUAGAGUCGUUAGAGCUCAAUUAAUAGCUCAACCAGAUCAGAACAGCGUCUACAGCAUCAGCGGCCGCCUGCAAAACCAUCAGCAUUCUGAUCCGUAUUUAUCGAUCGAUCAUAUUGCAAUCACAAAUGAGCUGAAUAAACCUCCGAAAUACGACGACGCACCGCCAUCUUACGACGAAGCCCUGAAGCUGGCUCUGAGCAACUCGCUACAAACGAAUGAAGUGGUCGCGGCGUUGCCAAAUCGGACCAAUUAA